UCGAAGCCAGCCUCAGUGCAUCGUGGCACCAUGGGUUGGACGGGAUGUGCGAUAGCUGCCGUCCUUCUGCUAAGCUUCGUCGUCGGAAACCAAGGGAUAGUCCCAAAAAGGUCACCAGCAUGUUCCAGCGACGCCUGCCCAACGGUACUGCCACUGCCCAAAGUCGUCCCUCCCGAGUUAAUAUGUGGAGGCAGGAAGAAAGUCCUCGUCGUUGCUGUCGGCAUGGAACAGGACUCUAGUCGUGGAGGAGCGCUUUCAUGGAUAUCGCCUCACCGGGGAACAGAUGUUAAAGUCCUUCGCAACAUGACCGACGGUGAGAUGUCCAUAGAAGUGCUAAACGGGUCCUCUGUGGAGACGACUGCUCCGGAAUCUUCCUGCAAAGAGUACAAGGUACAAAUCCAGGCGGACCUGUCUCCUGGCACGGGCGGAAGGGUCCUUUCCAACUUGACCACUCUGCAGUUGUCUCCGGAUUGCAAUAGUCACCGCCUGUUUGAGCGUCCCGGAUACGCUCUAUUCGUUCUUGGACGGCGUGAUAUGAGCCUCGUCGGUGCUGCCCUCUAUGCUCUACCCGAGGGUGAAACACGUUUGCCUGCUUGCAAUGGAGCUGAACCGGCACGCCGAAGACGUCCUGUCUUCCUAACUUCUCAAGAGGAUGAGGAAGCGGAGGUGGAGUGCAAGGACACGGUGGAUGAGGAAAAAUGUCCUAACUGUUCCAAGGAAUUGACUUCGGAGGAUGCGUCGCUCAUCUGCACGUCAGGAACAGCCUUGGUGGUGAAGAAGCACCCUGAUCGCGUUACAGUGGAGAGCUCCAAGAAACCAUCAUACUUGCCUCGCCUGGCAAUUUCCAAAACCGCUGUGUCCAAGAAACAUGCCGUGUUCAGCAUUUCGAUCACACGCCGAGGUGUGAACACGACAGCACCGUGUAAGAAAGGGAAGUUGGAGAUUAUAGACGACGUCCAGCCAGGAGGCAGCAACACGCAGGCCAACUAUAUCAACUACGAGAUUGGACGCCAUUGCGGGUGCAGGUUUUUGGACGAAGAUGGCAGCUAUGCCAUCUUGCUCAGCCCAGUCCUGGUGCCGGACACGGAGCGUGUAAUGUCGCUGGAUGGACGUUUCCAGCUCAUCUCUCUGCCAGAGGGCAGGAUCCAGUUGCCAACUUGUACCGACGCAGAUCUGCUCAUGGUUCAUGACCAGGUACCCGCUGUGCGUUCAUCCCAGAGGACUUGUCCAAAGUCCCCUUCCUGUCCAAUAUGCCACAACGCACUGCAUGUGGACCUGUACGAACCUAUCUGCAAUGCGGCUACUGUGGUCAAGUUGCUCUCCCUCAAUCCAGCCAAAAAACAGUCAUCUGGAGGAAUGUGUGGUACGGCCCGUUUGGUACAAGCCAUCAGGGGAAAAGCUGCUUAUGCCGAAGAUAUUGCCUACGUCAUGCCUGAGCACUGCAACUGCAAUUACGUAUUGAAACCAUCGAGACAGUACUACAUCUUCGCACCGAAGACAGCCUUCACAGGCUCCCCAGAACUAAACCAACUGACACUGUCAAACGACGUGCACAUUCUUGCCCACAGCUACAAAAGUGCACACCAACUACGCGACGCCCUCGCGGCCUGUCAGCAUUAUGAAGAAUCUUACGAUGUUGCUGACAAGCGAUCGGACAAUGGUUAUGGUUCUCAGGCGAGGCAACCUGGGCAUAAAUACGGCGGUGCUAUGGGUUACGGAGGACACAGCUACAGUGCGGGUCAUGUUCCAGCCUCCGGAACGAGUUACGGAUUGACGCAGAGCUAUGGCGCGCCUGCGAGCUUCUCCCAUGCACCCCCCACGCAUGUUCAAGCAUAUGCGCCUACGGCUCAUGCGGUUGCACCACCUUAUACCGCUGGUUCUCACGACUACGAGACAGCUUACUACGAAGCAACGUAUACAGGUGACGAGGGUACACCUUCUCAAAUAUAUUACAUGCCAACUUAUCAACCUACGGGGCAAUUGGAUAGUUCCUACGAUUCGCCUGGUACGUACGUACCACAGCCAUACGCACCUGCACCAGGACCAUACGGUGACCUACAGGCUGCAACGUUUUCCCCGGUCGCGGGUAAUGUGCAGAUGAAAUAUGGAGCUGCUAUGUCGUACGGUUUGCCGAACUACGCACCAUCGCCAGUGCAUGCAGUGUCUUAUGGACCUACUGGAUACGGUGUAGCACCUGCACCGGUUUACGGGGGGUCGCACGGCUCUGCUCCAGUUCCCGCAUACGGAGGAUCAUACGGAGCUGCCUCUGCCCCCGCUUAUAGUAGGCCGUAUGGCGCUCCUCCAGCCCCUGCUUAUGGACCCCUUCCAGCUCCAGCCCCUGCCUAUGGUGUUGCUCCAUCUUACGGUGCGCCUUAUGGUGCAACUGCAGCCUCAGCUGCAGUUGCCAACGCGGGAUCGUACAGUUCGGGAAUGGCUCCUGCUUAUGUUGCAGCCCCAGCGCCAGCCUAUGGAGGAUCAUACGGCGCUGAUGCGAUGGCUUCCGCUGCUCCAGCAUACGGUGGACCGUACGGCGCACCUGCGGUCCCAGCGCAAGCAUACGGAGCUUCAUAUGGUGCUGGUCCAGUGCCUGCUCACGGGGUCUCAUAUGGUGCACCUGCAGCGCCGGCACCAGUCUAUGCAGGAUCAUACGGCAGUGAGGCUGUAGCUACUGCUGCUUCCGCCUACGGUGGUUCGUACGGCGCCUCUGCUGCCCCAGCGCCAGCAUAUGAAGCCGGAUCCUAUGGUGCACCUUCAGCCCCAGCGUCAGCCUACGGAGGAUCAUACGGCGCUGAUACGAUGGCUUCUGCUGCUCCAGCAUACGGUGGACCGUACGGCGCACCUGCGGCCCCAGCGCCAGCAUAUGGAGCACCGUAUGAAGCUGGGACCUAUGGUGCACCUGCAGCCCCGGCACCAGCUUAUGGAGGAUCAUACGGUGCUGAUGCGCUGGCUUCUGCUGCUCCAGCACACGCUGGACCAUACGGCGCGCCUGCGGCCCCAGCGCCAGCAUACGGAGCUUCAUAUAGUGCUGGACCAGUGCCUGCUUACGGGGUCCCAUAUGGUGCACCUGCAGCGCCGGCACCAGUCUAUGCAGGAUCACACAGCAGUGAGGGUCUAACUUCUGCUGCUCCCGUCUACGGUGGUUCGUACGGUGCAUCUGCUGCCCCAGCGGCAGCAUACGGAGCACCGUAUGAAGCUGGGUCCUAUGGUGCACCUGCAGCCCCGGCACCAGCUUAUGGAGGAUCAUACGGCGCUGAUGCGCUGGCUUCUGCUGCUCCAGCACAGGGUGGACCAUACGGCGCACCUGUGGCCCCAGCGCCAGCAUACGGAACUUCAUAUAGCGCUGGUCCAGUGCAUGCUUACGGGGUCUCAUAUGGUGCACCUGCAGCGCCGGCACCAGUCUAUGCAGGAUCAUACAGCAGUGAGGGUCUAGCUUCUGCUGAACCCGUCCACGGUGGUUCGUACGGUGCAUCUGCUGCCCCAGCGCCAGCAUACGGAGCACCGUAUGAAGCUGGGUCCUAUGGUGCACCUGCAGCCCCGGCACCAGCUUACGGAGGAUCAUACAGUGGUGAUGCAUUGGGUUCUCCUGCUCCAGCAUACGGCGGACCUGCGGCGCCAGCGUACGGAGCUUCAUAUAGCGCUGGUCCAGUGCCUGCUUACGGGGGCUCAUAUGGUGCACCUGCACCGCCGGCACCAGUCUAUGUAGGAUCAUACGGCAGUGAGGCUCUAACUUCUGCUGCUCCCGGCUACGGUGGUUCGUACGGCACGUCUGCUGCCCCAGCGCCAGCAUACGGAGCAUCGUAUGAAGGUGGGUCCUAUGGUGCACCUGCAGCCCCGGCACCGGCUUAUGGAGGAUCAUACAUUGGGGAUGCAUUGGUUACUCCUGCUCCAUCCUACGGCGCACCUGCUGCCCCAGCGCCAGCAUACGGAGCUUCGUAUAGUGCUGGUCCAGUACCUGCUUACGGGGGAUCAUAUGGUGCACCUUCAGUCCCAGCGCCAGUAUAUGGAGGAUCUUACGGAAGUGAGUCUGUAGCUUCUGCUGCUCCAACCUACGGUGGGUCGUACAGUGCUCCUGCAGCUCCAGCGCCAGAAUACGGAGUAUCGCAUAGUCCUGGUCCAAUGCCUGCUUACGGAGGGUCAUAUGAUGCACCUGCAGCCCCAGUCCCAGCUUAUGGAGGACCAUACGGCGGUGACGCAUUGACUUCUGCUGCCCCAGCCUACGGUGGAUCCUACGGCGCAUCUGUGGCCCCAGCGCCAGCAUACGGAGCGUCGUAUAGUGCUGCUCCAGCGCCUGCCUACGGUGGAUCAUAUAGCGCAUCUGCAGCCCCAGCGCCAGUAUACGGAGCUUCGUAUGGUGCUCAUCCAGUGCCUGCGUACGUAGGGUCAUAUGGUGCACCUGCAGCCCCGGUACCAGUCUACGGAGCAUCAUACGGCGGUGGUGCAUUGGCUGUUCCAGCCUACGGUGGACCCCACGCCACAUCUGCAGUCGCAGCAACAGCAUACGGAGCAUCGUAUGGUGCUGCACCCGCGCCCCCCUACGCAGGGUCUUACAGUCUACCUGCAGCACCAGCCUAUGUUGGAUCCGCUGCUCCAGUUCACGGUGGAAACUACGCCGCAUCUGCAGUCCCAGACACAGCGUAUGAAGCAUCGUAUAGUCCUGCUCCAGCGCCCGCCAGUACAGGUACUUACGGUGCACCUGCAGUACUGGCACCGACCUAUAGAGGUUCAUAUGCCGGUGAUGUGUUAGAUACUGCUUCUUCAACCUAUGGUGUGCCCUACGCCACGUCCGCAGCCCCAGUAUACGGAGCACCGUAUGGUACCGGUGCAACGCUUGCUUACGGAGGACCAUAUGGUGCACCUUCAACGCCAGCGUACGGAGGUUCAUACGGCAGCGAUGCGUUUGCCUCCACUGCUGCAGCCCCACCUUAUGGCGGUGGCAAUGCAUUGGCCUCCUCUGCAGUAACCGCUACCUACAGUGGAUCAUACGGAGCAACGGCAAAUCCGGCUUAUGGAGGGUUGUAUGGUCCUCCUUUAAUGUACUCUGCUCCCCUGGCUCCCGUAUCACAUUGGGCCUCGUCCACUGCUCCUGCAAGCUACAACGUCCAAGCAAGUGCAUCUUACUAUCGGUCACCGUCCCUAGAAGGCGCAGCAAGUUCGAAAGCAAGCCAGGCUGUAGAGCACAACUACCAGAGAGACACUGAAGGUUAUGCUGCUUACACAAGUCAACCACAUGAUAAGUAUUCUGCAUCCGGAAACUCAUACGAAGCCCCAUUCGAGAGCACGUACGGUGCAAGUGUAGUUACAUCACGUGCGUAUACCACAGCAUACAACAACGCUGUAUCAUAUAGCGGUUCGUCCGGCAAUGCUCAAACACCAAAAAGUCUGCCUGCUUUGUCUUACGCCGUAUCUUUCGCUCCAGUAACACACGAAGCCGCGCUAGCCGGCACAUAUGAUGUGUCGUCAUAUGCUCCUCCGUCGUAUUCCUCUGGCAGUUAUGACUCGUCUGGUGGAUAUGGUCUAUCGUAUCCAUACAACGGUGGAUCCUACGACGAUUCAUCUUACAGUGGCUCAAGUUACGCGUACGUUCCAGCACCAUAUCCCACGUUGUAUGCCCCACAGCCAUAUGCGGCACCGGCUUACAGCUCGCCCUAUGCACCUGACCCUGGAAAUGCAGCUCCUGCUCAAGCAUACCCCCAGUACACUGGUUCUAAGUACGCUGCUGCGCCACAGACUCUUGGAAUGUUUGGACAUGCUCCGAGUUACGAAGGUCAGACACAAGAAGGAAGCUACGGCGGGAGCUCUGGUGGAGUAAGUGGAUAUGGAGGUGUUUAUCCAAUGCCGUACAGCGCUCCCGCAUAUGGUGCACCACUCAGUGCCGCUCCAACGUACGGUGGUGUGCCUUACAAUCCUGUUGCUGCUCCUCCUUACAGUCUACCUGCUUAUGCCGCUCCAGUUUACGAUCCUUCGUACCCUGCACCAUCAUAUGGCACUGGCAUGAUGGCACCAGGAGGUCCACCUGCCGCGGUACCUGCAGCAUAUAGCGGCUCAUAUAAUGCUCCUGCACCUUCGUAUGGAGUUGUGGCAACUGCUGAGGCGCACGGCGCUCCAUACGGUGCCGCACCAGCGUACGGAGGGCCUUAUGGUGCUCCAGCUUAUGGCAACUCCUACAUAGCCGCUCCCGCACCUGCGUACGGUGCGCCUUACAGUGCAGGUGCAGCAAUACCCUAUGGUGGUGGAAUGGCUUCAGCUGCUCCUGCACCAGCACAUGGUGGACAGUACGGCGCUCCUGCUCCAGCUUAUGGCGCAUCCUACGGUAAUGGAGCGGCGUCGACUGGCCCCGUAUCAGCGUACGGUGUUCCAUACGCCGCCCCUGCCCCAGCUUCUGGUGCGUCCUACAGUGGAGGAAUGGCUCAGGCUGCACCGCCGUCACCAUAUGGUGAUCCACACAGUGCCCCUGGUCCAGCUUAUGGGGCGUCCUAUGGGGGUGGAAUGGUUCCGCCUGCCCCCGCACCAGCAUACGGUGGACCAUAUGGCGCUCCCGCUCCAGCUUAUGGUGCAACAUACGGUAGUCUACAAGCAUCGGCCGGGCACGCACAAGGAUACGUUGGACAGUACGGCGCCCCUGCUCCAGCUUAUGGUGCGUCUUACAGUAGUGAUGAGGCUCCUGCUGCUCCCGCACUAGCAUAUGGUGGGCAACACAGUGCACCUGCCCCAGCUUACGGUGGCUCCUACGGUGGUGGAAUGGCUUCGGCUGCCCCCGCCCCAGUAUACGGUGGACCAUACAACGCACCUGCACCAGCUUAUGGUGCGUCAUACGGCGGUGGAACUGCUUCGGCAGCCCCCGUACCAGCAUACGGUGAACCAUACGGCGCCCCUGCUCCAGAUUAUGAUGCAUCCUACGGUGGCGGAGAGGCUUCUGCUGCACCCGCACCACCAUAUAGUGGACAUUACGGCACCCCAGCUCCAGCUUAUGGUGCAUCAUACAAUAGUGGAAUGGCUUCGGCUGCUCCCUCACCCAGCUACGUUGGACCAUACGCCGCCCCUGCCCUAGCUUAUGGUGCAUCCUAUGGUGCUGGAAUGGCUUCGGCUGCUCCCGCACCAGCAUACAGUGAGCCAUACGGCGCCACUGCUCCAGCUUAUGCUGUACCCUACGGUGGUGGAAUGGCUUCAGUUGCCCCCGGUACAGCAUACGGUGGACCGUACGGCGCCCCUGCCCCAGCUUAUGGUGCAUCCUACGGCGGGGGAAUGGCUUCGGCUGCCCCCGCGGUAGCAUACGGUGGACCUUACGGCGCCCCUGCCCCAGCUUAUGGUGCAUCAUACGGCGGGGGAAUGGCUUCGGCUGCCCCCGCGGUAGCAUACGGUGGACCUUACGGCGCCCCUGCCCCAGCUUAUGGGACAUACUAUGGUGGUGAAGAGGCUUCUGCUACCCUACCUCCAUCAUACGGCGGAUCAUACGCCGGCCCUGCUGCAACGUAUGGAGUGUCCUACGGUGGUGCUGUGGCUUCGGCUGCUCCUGCACCAGCAUAUGGUGGGCAAUACGGCGCUCCUGUUUCACCUUAUGGCACAUCCUACAUCAGUGGGGCGGCUUCGACUGGCUCCGUACCAGUGCACGGUGUACCAUACCCCGCCCCUGCUCCAGCUUAUGGUGCAUCCCACAAUGGUGGAAUGGCUCAGGCUGCACCCGCGUCAGCAUAUGGGGGUCCACACAGCGCCCCUUCCCCAGCUUAUGGUGCAUCCUACGGUGGUGGUAUGGUUUCGGCUGCACCUACGUCAGCAUAUGGUGGUCCACACAACGCCCCUGCCCCUGCUUAUGGUACCCCUUACGGUGGUGGAGUGGCGUUGGCUUUCCCUGUACCAGCGUAUGGUGGACCGUCUGCUCCUGCUGGUCCUGCUCCAAAUUAUGGCGGUCAUUACGCUGGAGGGGAAGCUUCUGCAGCUCCAGCACCGGUGUACGGCGUCCCUGCACCUACAUACGGUGGAGCACCGGCUGCGCCUGCUCAUCCGCACGGUCUUGUAUAUGGAAGCGCUACUGGUGCCCCAAGUUACAACGCACCUUAUGAACCCAGCUAUUCCGCUGCCCCAACGCAAAAGCGUCCUCAAGAAUACGAAGCCCCUCCCGUUGAAAUAUCACAGACUGUAGUACAAGCCGUGUAUACGACUGUGUCCUAUUCUGUUCCUCAGCCGAACUCGUACCCCGAUGCUGGUGAAGAUUACACAACAUACGGUUCAGCUGCGGGAUACAAUGCUCCACAGUAUACCACCUACGGAGCUCCAACUUAUGCAGCACCUGCAUACACCACUGCUGCCCCUAGCUAUCAGCAUGCCGCGUAUACCACAUACGCCGCACCUAAAUAUGCACAACCACCUUACACCACGUACGGAGCACCAAGCUACGCAACACCUACACACGCAACGUAUGAAUCCCUUUCCUAUACCACGUAUGCAGCGCCCAGCAUGAGCACAUAUACAACGCACGGAGCUCCCAGCUACCACCAGCUUCCGUACAGUACGUAUAGCGCACCAGUGGGGUACUCUGCACCACCUGCACCUUCGUACCCUCCUCCAGCCGCUCCCUCAUAUACUGCACCAGCUUCACCUUCUUAUCCGGUACCAGCCGCACCAUCAUACCUAGUACCGACAUACGCCACCCCAACGUAUUCCUCACCAACGUACGCACCUAUGCAUCCUGGCCCAGCGCCAAGCUACAGCGCACCGACUUACGCUCCUUUGGGUCAUGCUGCCGGUGCUGCCUAUGGAGGGUCUCCAGGAGCCCCUGCAAGUUAUCUGGCCUCGGGAGUGGUUGCAUACACCCCUGGCCGUUCAUACGACCACGGAGAAGCACAUCCGUACGCUUCAACUUCGGCGGAUUCAUAUAAGCCGACGUGCCCUCCGGCACCCAAGACAUGUCCUGUCUGUCCGAGCAAUGUCCCACAGGAACUUCCCAAGAACAUUUGCCACUACGACCUCAUCAUGGAGGGCGAGGUGAGCUACCCACCACAACAAGGAAAGAGCUACGGUGGGCUGUGCUCGGAAAUGUGCGUAGGAGACGUGCUUCGUGGACGAAGCCGGGACGUCCUGGACAAGAUCCGUUUCUCGAUAAACAAGCACUGCACAUGUGGAGCGACUUCCGUUAGUUUUAAGCGCGUCCUGGUCCUGAGUAGCCGAUACUGUUGGCGCACUCAUGGUGGCUACUACGGACAGCUUCAACUUGACGAGCGGGUCAUCCUUCUGGAUCACACUCCGGAGAACCUUAAGAUGAUUAAGAGCGCCGUAAGCCACUGUGCUGGGAAAAUGGCUCCACACAGGGCAUAUGCCGACGCCGCCUACAGCGGACCUGCCGGUUGUCCUGACGCCUUCGAUGAAACAUGUCCUGACUGCAAGCUUCCGAGUCAGGAACAACUUACGAAGGACUAUUGUGCUUCCGAACAUGCUGCCGUCGUGGCUCUGGGCCUUGACUAUGACAAGAUGGCUAAGAACAAGAGAGGCCAGUUCAUCUGGAAGCGACCAUACUUCCCUGAAAUCCAGGUUACGGAGGAGACAGGCUUCGGAAAGAACGUCAGUGUCACCAUCAAAGUGGAUGCAACGCAGCCGGCAGCAGACAAGGAACACGAAGAACCUAUAACCGAUACCUGCUUGACAUAUACGGCGAAGGCGCUCUACAAUGUCAGUCACGGAAAGGAAGCUGUCAAGGACACGUACGACAUUCAAUUCUUCUUGAACAGGCAUUGUGGAUGCCAGCACCUCAAGAGUCAACUUCCAUCCUACGGGCUACUUCUGGUAGACAAAGUAUCCAAACUGGGUUCCUCUGGUGUUCUUCAGCUGGGCCACGGUACCAAACUCUACCCGCUACCGUCCGGCGAAUACACUCUUCCAGUCUGCGGCGAAAACAGUUCCCUCGAAGAACCGCAAGGUCCCGAAGAAACCCUUGCCCUGCCAGAAGUGGAGACCGCGGAGUCUCAGGACGAAGCAGACAUCGGUCCGUGUCCCGAAGGCGUUGAAAGUUCUUGCCCCGUCUGCAUCAACGGGUCGGAAGCGACUAAGAUUGAUUACUUCUGCAGUUCAGAAUAUGCGGCUGUGGUGAGCAUUUCAGGCGACGCCUUUGGCGACAAUUCCGACGAAGGUGUUUACCAACCGUGGUGGGCACCGAAAGUUACAGUGUCUAAAGUGUCGUAUCCAUCCGGAGAGCAAGUUCGGGUGAAAGUCCGAGCCAAGUCUCGGUACCAGUUCCCCGAAGACGAUAGAACUUUCGGAGAUCCGGAAAGUCGCCGUAGAUGUCGAUCAGGAAAAUUGUACGUAAAGGAAGAGAUCAUCGGCGGAAAAACGGCACAAAAAGAAGUCAAGUUCACCAUGAUGAGCUCGUGCAGAUGCAGUAUCCUGGACGAACCCACCCAAUUUGCGAUGUUAACAUCGAAGCGUUCCUUGUCCGAGGGAGAUCGCCUGCACCUGACAGAAGAUACCUCCUUGAUUGCCCUUCCUUUGGGGAAGACGGAGUUUCCGAGGUGCGUCAAGCCAGAAAAAAAGUCUCGAUCCUGGUUAAUGUGGGGUUAACCAUGUGUUACAUUCGUCAAUAAAUGAUUUCUUAGUUUA